AUGGACCUCGAGAAGUCAAGUUUUAAUAGCCGAGACAUCGAGUCGGCCAAAAGGGACCUGCAGCUCCGCGUGUACCCGACGGAGCUGCGCUUUGUGGACGCGGUGGCCGGGAAAGUGUACCGCCUCUCGGUCACUCUGCACAAUGUCGGCCGCAGUAACCAGAAGAUCCGCUUCCAGGAGCCCAGCAAGCCGCAGUUCAAACUGGUUAUGUCCACUCUGGAUAAAGCUCUUGCUUCUGGACUUCAGUUGACAGCGGUGGUGGAAUAUCAUCCUGAUAAAGAUGAAGACAAUCAUGACGAGUUAGUUAUUUAUAUAGGAAGUAAAACCUUGACGAUCCCUCUCAUAGGGUUGAUACCUACCUGCCAAUGGCAAGUUGAGCAGGUAAUUGAUUUUGGAAAAUUAGUUGCCAACAGUAAAGUGUACUGUAAGGAAGUUAAUGUCUUUAACCACGGCAAAGCUCCAGGUACAUUUCUAGCAGAAUAUCUUGGCCAUUUACCCAUUGUCAUUUCUCCAACUAAUGGUACUGUGAUGCCUAAGUCAUCAAUGGUCUUUAAAGUGGAUCUCUGUACAUCAAAAGCUCAAGUUGUAAAUGAAAGAUACAUUGUAAUUUUGCAAGGUCAACCAGACAUACACUUAAAUAUCAAAGCUCAUGUGGUUAACCAGGUUAUUGAAGUGUUAAACAUAAAUACUGGUAAAAAAAUCAAAUGCAUAGACUUUAGUUUUGUUUACUUUGGGACAUCAAAACUUGAAUAUGCAUAUCUACACAAUGAUAGUCCAGAAGCUGUAACUUGGGUGGCUAUAUUACAAGAUGAUACAGUCGGAGAAGAAGUGGCUACAAAUAUUCGACAAAGGACUGAUGUUGUUUUAAAUAAUCUCAGUUACUUGAGCAAAAUAAGAAAUAUAGAUGUUUCCAAUUUUAUCACCUGUAUUCCUAAUGAAGGGAAGUUGCAACCUUAUGAAAAGGUUCAGCUUACAUUCUGUUUCAGCCCAAAGCUACUCACUGAUGAUACUAAAAAUUUUGACCCAGCACACAGGCAGGACUAUGCUCUCUUUUUGAGAUUUGAGUGUGUAGGAAGUAGAGAUGGCUAUUUGAGAAAUGAUAUCAAUAAAGAAAUCAAAAGUGAUCAGUAUAAUCGAGUGGAAUUAGCGCUGACAGGCACGGGACUUCCUGUCUUACUACAAUUCAUUCCAGGAAAAGUCUUUACUUUUCAGCCUUGUUUAAUCGGCGGCCAUUCAGACAUGAUAUGUACUAUGCACAAUCAUUCCAGGUCACUUCCUGUAUCCUACCAGUUUAAGAAAGCUGCUCAUUUUAAAAUUAACCCUAAAAAGGGCAAGAUUGAUGAAGGAUGUAACCAGGUAGUGACAUGUUCUUUUAUUCCACAUCAAAUUGGAAUCUUUAAAGUGAAGCAAAUCAUAGAGAUUAUUGGCUUAGUGGCAAAUGAAGAUUUCCAGUCUACAACACUGAAACCUUUCCAUGAAAUGAAUUUGUAUUUCAACAGUGUCUGUAAACCUUCUACCACAGAAGUUGUAAUGGCAAUUAAUCCUGGUCUGUCCCCUUUGGUCAGUAAUCCUACAGUACGGUAUGUGACCAAAGAUGUGGUAAACAGGAAGGAAUCCACGCGCGCCGCAAUGCUUCAGUCAGCUCUGACACCUAUUCACGAUCAUCGUUCUGCUAAGGAGUACUCUGCUAAAGACGCACUGAUUGCCUUCCCCAAUGAUCGAGCUGCAAGUAUCAGGCCUGGAGACCACAAAAAUUUCAGGACAAUUUUCACGAAGAUUCCGAGAUACAGUUACGUGGAUCCUGAAUUCGAGUACACAGAUCUUGAAAAAUUAGAAAAGGGACUCCAUAAAAACUAUUAUGCACGAUAUAUUAACUAUUUGAGAAAUAUGCGCAUACAGAAGCAAGCAGAGAGGGAAUUCAUAAGAUCACAUAGUAUAACAGAGAGAGAAAUACCUCCUGAUUCAGGUGUGAAAUCACCUGAGCAUUUAGGAGCAGAGGUUCCAGAGGAGUCCCAGUUAAUAGACCUUUGGCCCAAACCUAACCAAAUGCUAACUACCAAGAACAUAAUAGCCAAAGUCACAAAGUCUCUGAAAAGAAAGAUUAUCCAAGGAAUUAAGUCUGAACCAUCCACUCCUACUGAGAAACAUCACUGUUCAAUUGUUUUGACACCAAAGCAAAUUCACCAAGUAAUCAUUGGGCCUUCUGUUCUUAACUUUGGAGAUGUUUGUGUGCAUUCCAUAAAUUCACAAGUAAUUAAUAUUAUUAAUAUGCUAUCUGUGCAUGUUUUGAUCGAGUUUGAUAUUCAGUUUAAAGAACUUGAAAAGAGCAAACAGUUUUCAUUUGUUAUUCCACCCAUAGCCUGCACUUAUAUUUCAAUGAUAUUUCACACUACCACCGUUGGGAAGUUUUGGAAGUCUUUCACCUUUAAAUUGAAUGGUAAACCUACUGGACACAUACUUGUGAUGGCAGUUGUCCACCCAGUAAGACUUGAGUUGUCUUACAAUGACAUAGUAUUGAAACCACAAGGUUUCUUGAUGAAAUCAUGUUUUAGGAAGACAGUUAGUUUGUAUAAUCCCAAUAAUUAUUUUGCCCAAUUUGAAUGGGAACCUGUGAAGAAAAAAGGGAUGGCAUUUUCCGUUAAUCCAGUUAAAGGCAUAGUUGAACCACAUUCCUCACUGGAGUGUGAAGUAACAUGGAACCCAGGCUUCAGUUCCCUAGAAAAGGGAGAAAUUAUUCUUCACGUUCCUGAAGGAAACACAACAAAACUAAAAUGUACUGCAGAGCCUGGUCAGAGCAAGGUCAUGUAUCUGGAGCCAAGGGUAAUAUUCAGUCAUGCUCCUCAAGGUUUGACAAGUUGGAGGACAGCAGUUCUUCAUAACGUCGGACCAAACCAUGCUUAUUACAGGAUUUGUGAUGAAGGUCUUUCACCUAUCAUUAAAAUUGUUCCAGCGGAAGGAAUAAUUCCAUUUGGGGGACUAUCUGUUAUCAAUGUCUCCUGUACCCCUUCUGAGGCAGGAAAUUUUGAUACAAAAGCAAAGAUUUCUAUUCAUGGUGCAAAUAUCAUAACCCUCAGGAUUGGUGGAACUGUUGACAUCGCUGAAGUUGAAAUUGAGCCAAGUGUGCUUAAGUUUAUUGGCACCUAUGUUGACAGUACCAAUAUUUUUCCAAUAUCCAUAAUUAACAAAGGUGUAACACGUGCCAGAGUAUCUUUUAAUAUGGAAGAACAUAGAGAAUUUUCAGUACAUUUUGCAGACAAAUCAGUAAAGAUAUUCGACCCUGAGUCUCCUCAUGUCUACUUUUUGGAAUUAGAUGGAAAGACAACUUUGGAAUGUGGCAUAGCAUUUGCUCCUAAAGAAGUGGCAGUGCACAAAUUUCAACUUCACGUUCUAGUAAAUAACUUCAAUGCUUCAGAACUUUAUUGCCAACAUCUUUUGGAAAAGACUCCUUUAACUCUAAAGAAAAGACCACUUAUUAAACCAUUUUUCAUUCAAGCUACAGCAUUACAGGCACCAUUGACAUUUUCCAAAAGUGUUAUUGUGUUUGAAAUUCCACUACAUGAUUUGGAAUCUGAAAAUAAUUCCAAGAGAUCUGAGGAUCUUGUCAUAAAUAAUGUAUCAAAGAAAACUGUGCAGUGGACUUUUAGUAAGAGUCAAACUAGCAAUCUUUUCAUGGAUCCUGUGUUCAAGUUUAGUAAAGUGAAUGGAGUUCUGCUUCCAGGGGAAGAGUGUAAAGUCACCAUAGAUUUUCAGCCAACUUGUGAUAAAGAAUACAUUGUUGAUGUUCCCGUACUUUUAAAUGAUAAUCCAGUUUGCUAUCGGACGUUAAAAAUGAUUGGAGAAGUAAAAUCACCCAAGUUAUCGUUUGAUCCUCCUCAUGUAUUUUUCACUCCUGUUCCUUUGGAUGUAAGAAUUGCACUGGACAUCGUCAUUUCACCUAAAAACCAUUUCAAAAAUGCAUCUGUAAGAGUCUCCGUCCCCAAAGUAAAAGGUCCUGAUGGUGAAGAGCUUCGCCCCAUUUCCGUGAGGUUUCCCAAUGGUUCACUUAUCCAGGGCUCUCCCAGUGGAAUCAAUUCUCCACUCACCUGCCGCCUCGCCUUCAAAUCAUCUAAGUCUGUUUCACUUUUCUUGAAUGUUCGUUUUUCAUCUAUGGCACACAGAUGGUUUUCACUUCCGGUUUCUGCAACAGCAGAAAACUGCAUUCUUACAAUCUACCCAUAUAUGGCAUUACAUAUUGAUGAACAAAAAAUUGUUUUAAAGGAUGAUGAAAGUGCAAGUGUUUUGAAUGCAGACUUGUCAUUACUCUGCAAUGAUGAAUUUAUUUCUCCCGAGCCUUCUAAGUGUGUUGUAUCUGUACCUACAACUGGAAGAAAAUUAUCUGUUGGUAUUGAAGUGACAUAUGAACGUAACAAAUUCCUCAGAAGGCAGAGCGUAAAAAGUGAUCAUGAUGGAACUAUGGAAACGGAGGAGGAAAAUAAACAAUUCUUUUUUCCUGACGAAGGAACAAAGGCCUAUACGUUCUUUCACAAGAUUGUAAAUGCAGCUCAGACCUGGUUCAGUCUUUUCGGCUGGCCUGGAGGACCCCAUUCUCUAUCUAUUCCAGAGACAGUACGAAGGGAUUUAUAUAAGCUACAAAUUUGUUCCUCUGCAUCAUCUGGAAAUUAUUCCUGUCAGGAUAACUUUUCCAAAUUUAAUAAGACCAUUUAUGACGUGAUAAUACACUUGAGUGGGAUAGUACCACCUGGAAUUAAUUCAGACCAGUCUUUACCUGUGGAUCGCGUUGAAAGGGUGAUUCAACUUUAUUCUCAACAUUCAUCACUUCUUAAGUUUCUCAAAGCUCAUGGAGCAUAUAUUUCACAUGUGUUGCCUGAAUUUCUGUUUGAACCUGAUGAUUACUCUUUGUGGAUUAAACUUAUGUCUUCCAGUGAUUCCAAUUCAGAGAAUUGCCUCGUGUCUCGGGAAACACUUUCUAUUUUUGUAGAUAAGGAAAAAUUUGAAGUGUGGAGUAAACGGGCAUGGACAGAUGUAUUUCUUCAGAUAUACAAGAUUAUGGUCCUCUCCCGGAUUGUACCACAUAAGAGCAAAGAUUUGCCCCAAAUAAGUGUGAAGAGUUCGCCCAAACUCAAUCCUUGUUUCAUAUCCAGCAACAUGUAUUCUAAUCCUGAAAGGCUUCUGCUGAGCUGGCUGAACACAAAUUAUGAAAAUGCCAGACAAAUUAUAUGGAAAAACUGUCUUAGAGGUGUUGCUCCCAGUGAGAGAUGGAUAAUAAAUUUCGACACCGAUCUUUCAGAUGGCCUUGUUUUAGGAACACAGUUUGGAGCCUAUUGUCCUUUUUUGAUUGACUCUCAUUUGGUUAAUAUGUAUACACAUCCAAAAAGUCCUGAACAGUAUUUGCACAAUUGCCUAAUCAUUGUCAAUGUCCUGCAUGAAAUUGGCUUUGAAAUGGAUAUACAGGCCACCGACAUCUGUGACCCCAAUCCAAUCAUGAUGCUCAUGCUUUGUGCCUACAUGUAUGAAAGACUCCCUACCUAUCUUCCCAAGAAAAUGGUGUUGUUUAACUGCUCGCUGCAUGACACUGCAGUUAGACAGAUUCUAAUAAAAAAUCCAAGCAUGAGUCAGUUAGUCUAUACUGCUAUGAUCGUGGGAAGAGAUGCUGCUGACUUCAGCCUUACUCAAAAAGGGGACACUUUCGUAGUCGCUCCAAGAGGCCAAGUUGAUGUUAAUGUGGAAUUCACCAGCCGCUUCCUCCAUCCUGCUGAAGCAUUGUUGCUGUUGGUUUCAAAAACUAAGCAUGCAGAGGGAGGAAGUACCUUGACUUUUGCCCUCAAGGGUGAACUUCUCCAGUUUAAAUCUGUUGAUAUUAUAAAAUGUAUAAGCCCGUGUUAUACAUGGAAAGAAGUCACCGUGACUAUUAAAAAUCCAUUUCGUUCUGCUGGAGAGUUUAGAGUCAUUUUGCUGGAAUCCUCAACAUUUAUCUCCAUGCCAUCCCAGUUACUUGAAUCGAAACAAUUGCUCAACCGAAUGGAAGAUGAGGACCACACAAGCUGCGAUCGUGAUGUAUCUGAAGGCUGUGUUCCGAGCGCAAGUAGCCUAAAAACCUCAAUUAAGUGCAAUUUCGUCAGAGAGUUCUUUUGCUCUGAAACUACUUUCAACCUGUCAUUGAAAGGGUCAUCCUUGAAACUGUUCUUCCUUCCUUUCGCCAUGCACCUGCGCUACUGCAUCAUCAUCCUCAGCAGCAGAAAGAUUGGAGAAAUAGUAUACAUUUUGGAAGGCAGAGGCAUCAUCCCCUUACCUUCCUAUUUCCCGUCUAUGAUGUCUUCCUUCCAAACCGACCACAAAGACCGCAAAGAUACUAAAGAUGAAGCGCUUAGUAAGAAGGAUCCAGUACUGUACUUGAAGUGCAAACUCGGCGAAGUUCUAUGUACGAACCUUAACUUUCCCCUGAUUAAUGAUGCCAAGGAAAAGGCUUUCGCUUUUGCAGCGCAGCGACAGAUGUCGAAGAUGGAGUAUGAUCGAAGGGAGAUCACAGGCACGCUGGAGAGCAGCAGUGUCCGCGUGGCUGUCGCCCUUCUCGGCCUGACAAAAUUAGAGUGUCGUACAUUUUUCACUACCUCACAGUUCAAGAGGCCAAAGACCAUUUUAUACACGGUAGAAAUCAGCCUUCCAGAAUUCUUUCAUGUUCCAGAUAAAAUCUAUAUCCCUCAGAUUCCAGAAAGUAGAACUAAACAUAGCGAAUUGCAUGGAAUGAAACUUGAGCAUAAAUCAGAACCAGAUGCAUCUAUUGCAGUUCCUUUACGAUUUCUUCCUCUCGAAUCUGGACGCUACCCAUGUAAAAUUUUGUUAAAAUCAAAGUAUGAUGUACGUUUCUAUCUGAUUGAAGGUGUUGUGGAUGAACAAUGGGUCGAAGGUAGAUUUGAGUUUAGAACACGUGCAUUUAAAGCCAUCACCCAGCAUAUUCCAAUCGCUAAUACGACAAACAAAGAAUGGAAAUGUCGAGCCGAAAUAGAAGGAGAUUGGUUUUAUGGACCUCCUGUUAUAUAUAUUGGACCGAAUAAAAAAACAAGCUAUCCUCUUACAUUCAAGCCUAUUUUGGAAUGUGAAAUCCUGGGGAAACUUACUCUAGUAAAUGUAGCAGAUGCUAUGAAACAUAUCUUUGAAAUAAGAGGGAUUGGAAAGCCACCUCUGGCAAUAGAAAACAUCGUGGUGGACUGUCCAGUGGGGAUUGAUACAAGAAGAACCAUAAUGGUGCCCAAUCACACCAAAAGUAUCUUAACAUAUAAGGUUACUUCAGAUCUUUCAAUAGUGUGGGGAAAUCCAGCCAUCACUGUACAACCUGAUAACAUUGUUCCAUAUAUUCUACACAUAAACCCUUGGAAACGUGGUCAAUAUAAAGGUAUGAUUACAUUUACUGUUCUAAACAAACAAGAGAUUGAUCUUCGGGAACAGCCACGCCCAAAACCACGUAAAGACUCAGUUCUUCGCCGGGAGCGUCGUAGAGCCUCGGUUUAUAGGCGGCGCGUAUCACUGAUACCCGCAGUGUUUAAUAAGAAAGCAACAGAUGAUUCUCUUAAAAAUUUAAGAGUCUGGUUUUGUAUUGAUAUCAACAGCAUUCCUGGAUUACCUGUAGACAUUUUCGAAAUUAAAGGCACUGCGCUGGAGCCCGUUUUUGUUGAAAUACCUCUUCAUAAUACACAAGACAAAAUUCUUCAUAUAGAAGUGCUGUUAUCGAGUCCUGCCCUUUCUGGAAUGAAGGAAAUUGAUUUGUCUCCAGAAGAAAAUAGAAACUAUUCUGUCCAGAUUAGUACGGCAGUUACAGGAAGCUGUGAAGAAAAAAUUAUUUUCCAGCCUGAAACUUCCUUUGAGUUCUGGUAUUUACUGAAAUUGACUAUUGAUUUGCCAAAACCAACCACAAUUUCGGAAUUACAAUGUGAACUUGGAAAGUAUAUCAGUCAAAAUAUUACUUUAAAUAAUCCUACAUAUCAAGUGUUGGAAUUGAAAGGAAUUAGCACUAAUCCUGUAAAUUUUAUCCUGCAAUUACCUGAUGAGCCACUGGUCAUACCACCAUUUUCUAGCAAGGAGAUAUCUUUUCAUUAUUAUCCUUCUGCACUUGGAAAGACAAAUCAACAAGGUUCUAUCAUCUUCUCUUGUUCUCAGUUUGAAGAGUGGGUUUUUAACGUCUCUGGAAUGGGACUAUAUCCUAUCUCUCUGAACAUUGAAAGAAUAAGCACUUAUAUUCGUCUUCCUAAAUGCGUUGUUAUACCGUUCCAAAAUCCCACCAUGGAAGAAGUCAUAGUUGAUAUCACACUAACAAAUGAGGAAAAGCCCGAGAAUUUCAUCAUUGAUGAUUUCUGGAAUGACUUUUUCGAGAGAACUUCUGUCUUCAUCCUUAGUGAUGACCUGCCUACACCACAUGAGAUUAGAUUGCCUCCAAGAGGAAAACUAAGUAUCCCAGUGUUUUUCAUCCCAGACAUUAUGAGGUUAUACAAAACGAUAGUCAUUAUUCAAAUGAAAAGAGUAAAUGGUGAAUUGUGGCCUAUUGAUCAUCUUGAUGAACUGAACGUAGACUUGAAACAGAUUAUAAGUAUAUUCAAUGAAAAAGUCCCAAUAAUACAUUGGCUGUACCCCAUCAUUGGACUCCCCGAGGCGAGAAAUCCGACAUACCCUCUGGGUGAUAAAGAAGUACGUGAAUUCGAAUAUGAAAUUGAAUUUGAAUCUGAAGAGAAAAAGAAGCUCUUGGAAUCCUGUGUAGCUGCAUAUAUGCUAGAUAAGUCUUACAAUGUCGACACUGAAGAAAUAACACUGAUCUUCUCUCUGGUAUUUGCACCAAAAAAACCAUUGAGGUCUAAAGUUUCUCUGACAAUACAGUGUUCAUCAGAUGGGAUCUGGCGAUUUCCCCUGUUGUUGGUUGCUAAACAACCUAACCCAGAUGGUAUCAUUAAUAUCGAAGGAGUUGGUUUAAAUAAAGAUUCUUACCUUGAGUUCUAUCUGACAACGGCUUCCAGAGAUCCAGAACCAUUCACUGCAUGCUUCCGACCUAAAAGUGAUCCUGAGUUUUUUAUAACACCUCAAGAAGGAGAACUCCGUCCUCAUGAAAGUGAGAGAUCUAUCUUCAGAGUGGGUUUUAAGCCCCAAAGAUAUGGUAAACCAUACAAAGCAGAGUUAGUAAUAGAGACAGAAGAUAUGUACUGGUUAUAUGCUGUCUAUGGAGUAAUUCCAACUUCUGCACCUUCAAAAGAUGUGAAAGCCAAGGUUGACUGUCAUAGGAUGUCUGAGUCUAAAACAAAGUGUGUGCACAAUUACGUCUAUGAAAAUGCUCGGCUCUUUAAGACAGGGCUGUCCCCUAAAACAAAAAAUGCUCCUUUGACAUGGAAGAAUAAAUAA